GGCGUCUGCACCAUGGUGACGGGCGGCGGUGGGGCCGCGGCGGCCAUGGAGGCUUGGUCCACCUCUUCCCCUGUGGCUGUGACUGCGCUCCUCCUGUUGGUCCUCCCUCGCCUCUCACAGGCCCAGACCUUCUCCUUACCUUUCCGGCAGCCGGAGACGUGCGGCCACAACCAGUACUUCGAUAUCUCCGCGCUCUCCUGUGUCUCGUGUGGAGCCAAUCAGAGGCAGGACUCCCGAGGAACUUCAUGUGUGUGUCUACCAGGAUUUCAGAUGAUCUCUAAUAAUGGAGGACCUGAUAUUAUUUGUAAAAAGUGCCCAGAAAACAUGAAAGGUGUUACUCAAGAUGGCUGGAACUGCAUUUCCUGCCCUAGUGGUUUAACUACAGAAGGCAAAUGCCACUGUCCCACCGGCCAUAUUUUAGUGGAAAGAGAUACUAAUGGAACGUUGUUGUCUCAAGCAACUUGUAAGCUCUGUGAUGAAAAUGAAAACUCUUUUACGGUAGCAAAUGCUGUAGGAGACAGAUGUGUUCGAUGUGAACCAACAUUCAUCAAUAUCAGCAGAUCCUGUGCAUGUUCAGACCCUAACAUUUUAACAGGGGGAUUAUGUUUCAGCAGCACAGGGAAUUUUCCUCCACGUAUGAUUUCAGCUGCACGUUAUGGAGAGCUUGGCAAGUCUUUCACUUCAGAAUGGUUUGCAAAGUAUUUGCAAUCAUCAGCAGCUGCUUGUUGGUUGUAUGCCAAUCUAACAUCUUGCCAAGCUCUCGGAAACAUAUGUGUGAUGAACAUGAAUUCUUAUGACCCUGCCACUUUUGAUGCAUGUCGACUGUUUCAGUUUAUCUUUGAAAAUACUGUUGGACUGCGUACUGUUCAUUCUGUUUCAUUUUGGAGACAGAAUCUUCCAUGGCUGUUCUAUGGAGACCAGCUAGGAUUAGCACCUCAAGUACUCAGUACUACACCUCUUCCUACAAAUUUCAGUUUUAGAGAUCAAAACCAGAAUACAAAACUGAAGUUUGUUGCUGCUUCCUAUGAUGUAAGAGGAAAUUUUCUCAAGUGGCAAACUUUAGAAGGAGGUGUUUUACAGCUUUGUCCAGACACAGAGACAAGACUAAAUGCUGCUUAUUCUUUUGGAACAACCUAUCAACAAAAUUGUGAGAUUCCUCUCUCUAAGAUCUUAACCGACUUUCCCACUCCUAUAUUUUAUGAUGUGUACCUUGAAUAUACUGAUGAAAAUCAACACCAACAUAUUUGGGCUGUGCCUGUGUUAAAUUUAAAUCUUCAACACAAUAAAAUAUUUGUGAACCAAGAUGGCAGCUCUAGCAAGUGGCUUCUGACUCGGCGUAUUUUCUUAGUGGAUGCAGUAAGUGGACGAGAAAAUGACUUAGGAAGUCAGCCAAGAUUAAUUCGAAUUGCUACCCAGAUAUCACUGAGUAUCCACCUUGUACCCAACACAAAAAAUGGAAACAUCUACCCUCCCUUAAUUACCAUUGCCUACAGUGACCUUGAUAUCAAAGAUCCCAACAGCCAGUCUGUGAAGGUUUCUUUCUCAGUCAAAUAUGAAAUGAAUCAAGGAGAAGCGCAUGUCCAGACAGAUAUUGCUUUGGGUGUGUUGGGUGGGCUAGCUGUGUUGUCAUCUCUCCUGAAGACAGCAGGGUGGAAGAGACGCAUUGGGAGCCCCGUGAUUGAUCUGCAGACAGUUAUGAAAUUCUUGGUAUACUAUGCUGGUGAUCUGGCCAAUGUUUUCUUUAUCAUCACCGUGGGAACAGGUCUUUAUUGGCUUAUUUUCUUCAAAGCACAGAAGUCUGUCUCUGUUUUGCUACCAAUGCCAGCUCAGGAAAAACGUUUUGUUACUUAUGUGGGAUGUGCUUUUGCUCUGAAGGCUCUGCAAUUUUUGCAUAAGCUCAUAUCCCAGAUUACCAUAGAUAUAUUCUUUAUCGAUUGGGAGCGACCUAAAGGAAAGGUUCUUAAAGCUGUUGAAGGUGAGGGUGGUGUUCGGAGUGCUACCGUGCCCGUGAGCAUAUGGAGAACAUAUUUUGUAGCAAAUGAAUGGAAUGAAAUUCAGACUGUGAGAAAAAUUAAUCCCCUCUUUCAAGUACUUACUGUCCUCUUCCUUUUGGAGGUUGUGGGAUUCAAGAACUUAGCAUUAAUGGACUCAUCCUCUAGUCUUUCCAGAAGCCCAGCUAGCUACAUCGCUCCUUAUAGCCGCAUUUUGAGAUAUGCGGUGUCUACUGCUCUUUGGCUAGUCAUUGGAAUUAUACAGAUCAUGUUCUUUGCUGUCUUUUAUGAGAGAUUUAUAGAAGAUAAAAUUCGACAGUUUGUUGAUUUAUGCUGUAUGAGCAAUAUAUCAGUGUUUCUGUUAUCCCACAAAUGUUUUGGAUAUUACAUUCAUGGUAGAUCAGUACAUGGGCAUGCAGAUACUAAUAUGGAAGAAAUGAAUAUGAAUCUUAAAAGAGAAGCGGAAAGUUUAUGUAGCCAGAGAGGUUUAGUACCAAACACGGAUGGUCAGACUUUUCAGAUUGCGAUUUCUAGCCAGAUGAGACAACACUACGACAGAAUUCAUGAGACACUAACGAGGAAAAAUGGCCCUGCCAGACUAUUGAGUUCAUCAGCAAGUACUUUUGAGCAGAGUAUAAAAGCGUAUCAUACUAUGAAUAAAUUUCUUGGCUCUUUCAUCGAUCAUGUUCAUAAGGAAAUGGACUACUUUAUAAAGGAUAAAUUGCUUCUUGAGAGAAUUCUUGGCAUGGAAUUCAUGGAACCAAUGGAAAAAAGCAUCUUUUACAAUGAUGAAGGUUAUUCUUUCAGCAGUGUUCUGUAUUAUGGAAAUGAAGCCACUCUUCUUAUUUAUGACCUGCUGUUCUUCUGUGUUGUGGAUUUGGCUUGCCAGAAUUUUAUUUUAGCAGCCUUCCUUACAUACCUACAACAAGAGAUUUUUAGAUUUAUCCGUAAUACAGUAGGACAGAAGAAUUUGGCAUCCAAAACAUUGGUGGAUCAAAGAUUUCUGAUUUAAUUUAUUGAAUAGAUAACUUAGAGACUCAAUAUAUAAUCAUGGCAAAAAAAAGUCAUGAUUAUCAGGUUAGUUUGCCAUGUUUUUUUAAAACUUGCGAUACAAAUUAUUCUAUUUUUGUUUUGUAAUCUACAGAAAGACUUAUUUUUAUAACUUGUGGAAACAUAACUUGCUGUGUGAAUGUAUAAUGUGAUAUAAUGGAAAAUAUUGUUUUUCCAGUAUGUAUGGUAUUUAAUUCACCAACUCAUAAAUUAGAUAGCAAAAAAAUUUAAAUGUUGCUUUCAGCAUAACACUUUUUAAUGAUAAUCAAAGCAGUCCCCGUUAUUUGUCUCUGUAGAUUAUU